GAUCUACCCAGGAAUGGCACAGACUGUAUUUCUUAAAAUGAAAAGUCUCCUCAGAAUACCACCAGCAGCAAAGUGAACAGCCAAAAAAAACCUAUACAAAGUAAAGCAGAUUCGAAAAACCACAAGAAAAUUCUUGUAUGAGACAACAACCAAAAAGAAAAAAGAAAAGAAAAAGGAAGGAAGAAACCCAGCAGAAUCUUUAUACAGAAGAGUAAAGAGUAGCAUGUCACUGGGCAGAGGGCAGGACAACACAGCAAACAUUUAACCAACUUUCAACACUUCUGAGACUACAGCAGCAACUAAAGCAGGUUCUGGUUUGGAUAACAGCACACAUCCUUUGCCUCUUCCAUAACGCAAUCAAGAUGGUGUUAGGCAAUUCCUCAGACUGCAAUGUUUAUACUGCAAUGGAGCCAUUUACUUAUUUCUAUUACUUGAUUUUCCUUAUUGGGUUCAUUGGUAGCUGCUUUGCCCUAUGGACUUUUACAAAGAUGAAGCAGAAUCGCAAAUGUAUGAGUGUCUACUUAAUUAACCUCCUAACAGUGGACUUUUUACUGACCCUUGCUUUGCCAGUGAAAAUCAUCAUUGAUUUAGGAAUUGCCCCCUGGAAACUGAAAAUAUUCCACUGUCAAGUCACAGCUUGCCUUAUCUACAUCAAUAUGUAUUUAUCAAUUAUUUUCUUGGGAUUUGUGAGCAUGGACCGAUGCCUUCAGUUAAUACACAGAUGCAAGAUCUACCGCAUCCAGGAGCCUGGUUUUGCCAAGAUGAUAUCAGCAGUAGUGUGGAUAAUGGUUCUCUUUAUUAUGGUGCCAAACAUGGCCAUUCCAAUCAACAACCUUAAAGAAGCACCAAAUGUGGGCUGUAUUGAUUUUAAAUCAAAAGUAGGAAGAGACUGGCAUGUGUUUACCAAUUUCAUUUGUACUGCCAUAUUUCUCAAUAUUUCAGCCAUGGUACUUAUCUCCAAUUUUCUCGUGAUCAGAUUACUCUGUCGAAACAAAUACAAUGAAAACUACGGCAGUGUAAAAAAAGCUCUGGUGAAUAUACUGUUAGUUACUGCAAGCUACAUAAUAUGCUUUGUUCCUUACCACAUUGUUCGGAUCCCAUAUACUCUGAGCCAGAGCAAAGCUAUAACCACUGACUGCUCUCUCAAACAAACCCUCUUUAAAGCAAAAGAAUCCACCCUGUUGCUUGGGGUGUCAAACCUGUGUUUUGACCCUAUUUUGUACUUUUAUCUUUCAAAAACAUUUAGACUGACAGCAACUAAAACAUUUGGAUCACGUAAAGAGAAAAAUGCUCUCCCGGAUGAACAGAAGGAGAGCCAUGAAGUACGAACACAGCACUGUGAUGUUUCAGCUGAGAAAAUUGCAGAUAUUUCCACAUGAUCAAUUCAUUAGACAUUAAAAAAAUCAUUUGUCUCCCUUUAGUUGUGCCUAGGCCUCAGAUCGUUUCUCCAGCUAGAACUAUGGUCACAAGGACACUGCAUCUUCAGACCAGAGUGCUAUGUUUGGUACCAAGUCAUACAUUCAUUGCUGUAUAAGAUUUGGUUGCAAAAUUGUCACAGAUAUUUAUAGGAUUUUCUUUUUGAAUAUGUUAAUGGAUAUAUUAAGCGACUGCCCUCCUCUCCAAUUGAUCAAUAACAUUCAGUUAGCUAGGGUGGCACAUUUCAACACUUCCUGACGUUUUUAUGAAAAGGUUGUUUUCAGGGUUUUGUCAUAUGGAGUUGUUCGGAAGUAAACAUGCCAGAUAUCUAUGAGAGCACACAUGUUGUAAGAUAUUUUUUUUUUAACCGAGAUAGAAUAUUGUGUGUUCCACUGAUGCACAACUAUUAUCACUACCACAUCACUGCAGUGUUAUUGGGAACACAAUUUGAAUGAUUAUGCAGAAAUAACCCAAGAUGACUUGCUGUUCAGGAAGGUCCCAGUUGGCUGAAGGACUAACCAGAUAAGAGGCCAACAGAUUUCCACCUUAUGGGCCCUUUAUAGACAAAUGGACAUUAUAGACAAAUACACGUAAAAAAUGCUAAUGGGUCUUAAGGAAAGAAAAAGCAACUUCUGAUCAGUACGAUUUAGAGUAGAAAAGUAGCUGAGGUGAGCAAGGAAAUAUGCUUAAAUCUUACCUGCCAACCCGCCAUUCUACUCUAAUUUGUAGUGGGAGGGAAGCCAUGUUAUUGUGUUACAUAUGCGUGUGAUGUUCAGUUAGGAAUGAAAUAAAGAUCCCAGACCUCAACACGUGCACUGAGAUAAAUUUAUUAGGUCAAACCAUUUCAAGUUUUAAUGCUCUUCCUCAGAGACAACUGACAAUCUGUUCAAAGGAUAGCUAAAACAAUCUUGUAUGUUAUCCAAUAGAGUAAUUCUUAACCUAAAUGUUUUACAACUCAGAAUACAUCAUUAUGCUAAAAAUACAUAGGUUAAUUUCAGUGCAACUUCUGAGGCUCCCUCUCUCUGUUUUAUUCCUCCCUUAGUGCUUUUCCUGAUCUCAUUCCCCAUCUAAUGUUUAUUUAAGACUUACAAAUCUAACACCUACAAAACUGCUAUUCAUAAACCAAUCAAAUAAAAUGGCAUGCAUUUGAAGCAACGGUUUUAACCUAUUCUUCAUUUGAAAUAUUGGCCAACGUGAUAUGCAGCUCUACAAGGACAGAGCUCACAAAUAGCCUAAAAAUCGGGUGAGGCUGCCUCAUAAGUGCAAUAUGCGGGGAGAGGGUGAGGAAAACACUUUUCACUCUUCUCCCAUCCUUGCAAAAGUCCUUUUUGUUGCCAGAAAUACAUCUCCAAAGGUCACACAGCCCCCACAUACAAAUUCUGCCAAUAAAAAGGCUUUUUGCAGAGAGGGAGAGAAGAGGAGCAGAAAUUGUCUCCCCACCCCCACCCUGAGCUUGAGAGGCAACCCUUACCCGCACCUUCUUUUUAGGUUACUUGCGAUGACAGAGACUUUCGCAGCUAUGCUUCAGAAAGACAGAGAAGAAAUCCAUUCAAGGAAUGGUACACUGAUAAUUGUUUCUCUCCUCAGUGGAAUUUGCAACAUCUUUCAAAAUAUACAAGAUGAAACAACUGCUUUUACACUGGAGCAUUUGAUUAGUAGUUUUCACUUGAAAAUGAAGUGGUCUCAUAUAUAUAGCAGCCUUUUUAUGUUUUCAUGAACAUAUCCCACGUUCAAGACUUAUCUAGUAUCAUUAAAGAAAGCACACAGUUUGCUUUUGAAAAUACAUGGCAUAGACCAUCCCACCAACAUAAAUGCCUAAACAGAAAACCAAUAGUGAAACCGCUACAAGAAGAUGAAAGACAGCAUCUGUACAAAAAGAAUGAUAUACUUAAGACAAUAUCAAGACUUUUUAAAGAAUUUUGAUACAACAUUUAAGUUUACACCAACUUGAGGUUUCAGUCCAGUAAACAUUAAUCUUGACUAAGAUCAACAUGUUUGGUCACAAUUAAACAAACUUUCAUUGCUUUUAGCGGGAUUUAACAAGGUUAAACCAGCAAAAGGAAGAAUCCUAAUUCAGCUAAAUUAGGUGCGAUAAAGGCUACAAUUCUAUACAUACCUAGUUUGAACUCUGUGAAACCUACUUUCAAGUAAACAUGCAUCGGACUUGACUGCAUUUGUACAAAGCUGUAUUGACUAUUUAAGAGAUAAAAUGCUUGCUUACCAGAGGUAUAGGAAAAUGUGUUGCAUAUUGCAAAUGACGAAGAAGGUUGUAGUUUGAUGGGAAGAUCAGUUCCCUCAGUUUUUCCCUCUUUGUAGACUUUUCACUGUUCAGUGAAAUCCUUCUGUCUAAUAUGGAUAUGGAGUUCAGAUUCUCACAGGACUCCCCAGGCAUUGGAGAAAAAAUCUAAGUCAUGUAAAACAAAUGUUUAGCAUUGUAAAUAGAAAUAUCAGCUGCAUUUUAUGGAAUAACCAAGCCUGUACUAUUUUUUUUUAAAAAAACCCACCAAUAUGACUUGAUCUGAACUUAAAAGAUAGUACUACUGUGUACAUUAAUGAAAUGAGGCCUGAAUGUCUUGACAUGUGCAGAGACUAAACCAUUUGUUUUCAUUUUUA